CAAGGAAGAUAAAUGUGUAAAAUGUUUGUCUCAGAAGCCUGAAGAUUAGAAUUAAAAUUUGAAGGAAGUUUAACCUGGGGGUAUGUGGCACAUUCUUGUGAAUUUUGGAAUGAGCCUCGUAAUUUUAGCCGAAUGACUCAGCUUUUCGAUACUAAUUUCGUACUAAUGAACUUCUAUGCUCAUUAAUGGGAUCAGAUGGAAUUAACCUGAGUGUUCGUAACAAUAACAGUUCAGGCUUCACAUAUAAUUAUGUGGUUUUCCAAAUCAUCAUCUCCCAUUUUACCUUAGAAGGAUCGAAUGUAUUCGCGUCCUGGUGCUUACUUUAUGGUCUUGUGUAUCAAAUUGGCUGCAUGUUCCAAAACAGCAGCCUUAAAUUUAUGAUUUUGUAUUGAGAGUGCUUUAUUAAUGCGAGUUUAUUCAGAUGUAAUAAACUAUGCUCACGUGCCUUGUAUAUCCAUCAUUAAUUUAUAUGUGUAAUUGCAGUAAUAAUAGCAAACCAAGUGAAACAAUCCGUGAUAUUUAGUAUAUCGCCAUCUUUUGAGGGGUUGAAGUAUUGCUAAUGCGUUGGCAGCUACUCAAGGUCAGACACAACUAACAUUCUCGUAGCGACUGGUUCAUUGGCCAGUAAUUUCCGCAUGGGACUAUUACGUGGCACUUUUCAGAAACAGGAAGACGACACUUUACAGUAUUCGAAGAAUAAAAUUAGCAUUGAGGAUAUGAGAUUUGAGUUUGCCACAAGGAUUCGAUAAGGAAGUAACGAUGCUACAAUGUUUGUUUUCACUGCUGGAGACACACCUAUCUACGUGCAUACACAUACACGCGCGCGGCCGUGGGGCAUAUAAUAUUCCAACUACAUCCGGAAUUAUACGCAACUUGGAACUUAAACUUGAAAUAAAAUUAUUACCUUAUAGAUAAAGGCUUGUUUGAGCCUAUGCACCACAGGGGGCGUGGAGGUAAAACCACACAAUCUAGUCUUUGGAAACCAACACAGAUCUACAGAUUUCUGCGGACCAGGAACAUGCUGUCGCCUGUUUUUUUGAACAGGACUCUCAGCUACAUGAAACAACGUAUGUCUCGCUCCCAUAAACAUCGUAAGGGAUUUAAAGUUGACUGUUUAUUGGACAGAAUUAACAUGAAGAACAGAGAAAUUCGACCUGGUAAUCUUGAAGGGUACAUGACCCUCACUUUCCUUGGAUUCUAUGAUAAGAAAGUGGAUACCCAUCAAGAACCAGUAAAAGUAGAAACUCUUCUGCUUAAAAUUUGUCACAAGAAGAGGAAAGAUGUGUCAUCUCCUAUAAUGCAGAUGACGGUGGGCACAAGCGAGGUGCCUAUUAAUCCGUCCGAAGACCACCCUCCUCCGAAAGCUCCAACAAUAUCAAUACCAACAGAAUCAUUUAAUCUGUCUAACGGCCAUCUGGUCAAAUCAUAUGUAUUACUUUUACGAGUGUCGUGUAUGUCAAAUGGUUUACUCAUGCCAAACGGAGAUGUAGACAUGGAACCAGCGCAGAAGAGGAGGAAGUCAUCAGGUCCACUGAAGGGAACGGUGGAGGAGACAAAGUUGUUUGGCUCUGAAUUGAUUGUCUAUGAUAAACAUAAUCGUUGCCUUCUGACUGACGGAGAUUAUGAAUUGGUACUCCAGGAAGUGCAGGCUAAUGUGAAGGGUUCACCCAAGAAACUCUCCUCCUGGGAAAGUAUUGGUGAAAUAAAGGAAGAAUGUGGUCCAUUUGAAGUGUUCAGUAAAGGUCCAACCCUAAAGUUCCAUCUUAGUUGGACAACUGAACCCAGUAAUGGACUAGUAGAUCGGCCAAAACCUCUCUGCCCUCAAGACCAUUCACUGGAUUCUAGCAGUAAUAAGGAGAACAGACCUGAGCGAUGCAAUAACAACAACAACAACAACAGCAGCAACAUGAACAUUAGUAAUGGUAACAGCAGCAGUGGCAGCAUUACAAAUGGCACCACCAUAACUGCCACUGGGAGCAGUGGAAGGGUGUGCCAGGUGGAGGAGCCACAGAGGCUGCAAAUAGUUUAUCAGUUCCUCUAUAAUAACAAUAGCCGACAGCAGACGGAAGCCUGCGAGGAUCUACACUGCCCCUGGUGUUCACUGGAUUGUGUUUCCUUAUAUGCUCUUCUGAAGCAUCUCAAGCUGUGUCACUCCAGGUUCACUUUCACAUAUGUGCCCAUACCACAAGGUGCUCGCAUUGAUGUGGCUAUCAAUGAAUGUUAUGAUGGUUCAUAUACUGGAAGCCCUCAUGACCUCAUUUCACAACCUCCAGGAUUUGCUUUCUCUCGCAAUGGCCCUGUUAGACGAACAUCUGUAUCCAACAUCCUUGUUUGCCGUCCUAAACGGCCCAAGCCAAGUCUUUCAGAAUUUCUUGAACUUGAUGAAAAUGAAUUUGAUGGACAGCGACCAUAUAUUACAGGACAUAACAGGCUGUAUCAUCAUACAACUACAUGUUUGCCUAUUUACCCAAAAGAGAUGGAUGUUGAUUCAGAAGGAGAACAUGAUCCUAAAUGGUUGCAGACUAAGACAAUGAUGAUGAUCGAUGAUUUCACUGAUGUCAAUGAAGGAGAGAAGGAACUGAUGAAGAUGUGGAAUUUGCACGUUAUGAAACAUGGAUAUGUUGGAGACUGUCAGAUACCGUUAGCUUGCACUAUGUUCCUGGAAGCCAGAGGACAAGAACUAUUGCUCAAGAACCUUUAUCGCAAUUUUGUGCUUCAUAUGUGUAGUCUGUUUGACUUCGGUUUGGUUAGCCCUGUUACUUUGUACACCACAAUACAGCGUUUACAGGACCUGAUUGGAGAAAGUGGUGAGGUAAAAGAAAUCUUGCAGAACUCUUGGCAAGCUCAGAGACGACAUUGGCUAGCUGGAGGCUGCAGUGGACAGAACAGCCAACAGGAGAAAACAGGAUCUGGUGAUACAAGUAUUAGAAGGAAGACAAUGACACAGUCUCUGCAGAUGGCAGGAAUUCAGCAGCAUGGUACUACCAAAGGACAAGUUAUAUCUAUGCAUGGACAGGGAAGAAAGUCAACCCAGUUGUCUUGUAACAGCCUUCACAAGGGACAAGCCUCGUCAAAUUCUGUGGACUCUUCUCAACCCAAACGCAAGUCAACCCAAGCUACUGCUCAACAAUCUUUACCUCUUGGUAAUAUACAGCAUAAUUCAUUGAAAGGACAAACUUCGGUUGGGUCAGGAGAUUCUGCAGUGAUGUUGCAACAGAGAAGGAAAUCAGCAUCGAGUUUGGUCUCUCAAGCAAAUGUUAAUGGAAGUGAAUCUCUAUUGAUGCAACAGAGGAGGAGAUCCCUUGGUCCACAAAACAGUACAAUACAGAAUCAAUCAGAAAUAGUACCACCUCUAAGAAGGAAAUCUUUCCAUCAGCUUACUUCAACCUCUGAUCAGAUUGGUAGUAAGAAUCAAGUUGUAGCUUCACAUAAUUCACAAGACUUGAUGUCUUCACGUGUGUCAGAAGUAGCAGCUGUGUCACAUAGAAGGAAAUCUACACCAGGACAAAGUCCUGACAUCAGUCAUAUGCACAGUAAUCAUUCCAGUAAGAGCAAUGGAAGCUAGCCAGAUAUGUGUUCAUUAGUAUGGUAAAAUAAAUGACAUAUGAACCAGUGCACUGGCUAUUUUGGAUUGCCAUAAGUGUUCGACGCAGUGUAAGAUUCAUUUAAUUAUGAAAAUCUUGUUCAUUUCUCUAACAUAUGAACAUGCUUUUCACCUUUGUUAAUUUUAUAACUUUACUGUUGCCAUUUGUGUUCAGAUUGGAUCUGUAACUUUGAAAGAGCAAUGUCUGUGUUUUCGUACUGUGUCAUGAUCAGUUCAGAAUAUGGAAUGCUAAUUUGGCCCAUGUCAGGGUAAACAUUUUCAAAAUAGCUAUUAGUUUAAAUUUCAGAAUUGACAUAAUGGUGGGAGAUACUUGUACAUAAACUACAGCAUCAAAGUAUAAAUGAAAUUAAAAACAAUAUGCCAUUAUUUACAUGUAUUGAAUUUUCUGAAUUCAAGGCACAAUUCAAAGUGCUUACUGUUAGUUGCAGUUGCACAGCUGUUAUGUUAUAAAUAGAUCUAAUUCAUGAUAUUUCUUCAUGUAUUGGUUCGUACAAUAAUGAGGUGAUUGCUGUGAAAAUUAGUAAACCUUUCAGGUAACAUAUGAUGAUUUGUGGAAUGAUUUCUACCUUCGAUGGCAAUCAGAAUUUGUAAGCAUAGAUAACUAAGUAGAAGAUUGGCAUAUCUGAUACGAACUUGCUUUUGUGAUGUGAUAUCAUUAUUUAGAAAAAUGGAAGUGAUUUUGGUAUUGGUAGUAGAUGUUUAAUUUCUCUGUAAACAUUCAGACAUUCAUAUAGGAAAGUGAUAGACUGAAGAAGUAAAAGUUGCAUUGUUUUGUGUUACAAAUGUUGGACAGCUAAUGAAGAAACAUUAACUUUCGUUAAAGCAUGUCAGUUCAAUAGGCUUAUCUAGAUGGAGCAAGAAUAUUAAAGUUUUUUAUGUUUUCUUUAUUAUUAUGAACGUUUUCCAGAAACAGAUCUCAUGUUCACUGCCAGCAGUUAAUGUCAUAAUAUUACAGUUUCUUCAUGUUUUCAUAACUAAUGAAACAAAUUAAAUUCAUUUGUCUUCAGCAAUCUAGUCAUGUCUGUAUCAAUCUGCUGUUGUGUAUUCAUGCAACAUCUUCAUACUUUUGUACUUAAUAGUAAGUAAACAUCAUUUUUAAAACUAAAGGGUCCUAUUAUAAGUCUGUGUUGUCAAUACAGAGGGCUGGGGAAUUGAGUGCUAAUAGCUAACUCUCUUGAUUCGUGUAGUAUGAUACAGUAUUUUGGAUUUUGUCUGAAGUGAAUCGCUCUUAUGAUAAUGGGGAAAAAGAAUGAUCAGAGCUUGACUUCAUACUUACAUGUUGCACUUCUCACUAAAUUUGUUUUUCUUGACAUACAAAACUGAUUAUUUGGAAUAGAAUUGAUUACAGGUCAUUUUAAGGUUAUUUGUCAAGUCUUGCAGAUUUCAAAUUAAGAAAUUUUACUGUAUUUAUUGUAGGGAUUUGAAGGAAACAUUUCCUAAAUAUAAGCAAGGACUAGAAUAGGAAUUUGAACUGUACCCUAAUGUAUUUUUAAAUAGUUAAAAAUUAUUUUUCUGAAGCACUGUUUCCACUUUAUAGCAUUGUUUUUGUCCCAGAAACCACAUUUGACUCUUCAAAACUGCUACUAGAUGAGAUUUAUGAAGUACAGUGAUGAGUCUUAUUUUCAGUAUUUGGAGAGUGAAAUUCUACUGAAAUGCAUUGUAAUUUCAUUUUUCAAUUAAUGCUUCUAUCUUACAUUUAAUGUGUUUCAAGAUUAAUACAUUUUCUAAAGUUCUGUGUUGUUUCAGCAGAUUCAAAAAUACCAUCAAUGAUUAACAAGGUUUAGUGCCAGUUCUAAGCAUGCUGUGUAACUUCACUAAUUAAAUCUGUAAUCUCCAAUGUUUGUGGUAGAUAUAAUUGCAGUUCUAUGAAAGUAUAUUGUAAUACUGAUAAGCGCAUUUUUAUGCUUAAUGCGUUUCUCCAAUCCGAAUGUUUAUUUUCACUUAUCCAAAUCAUUUUUAUUACUAAAAUAUUUUCUGUUCUGUAGAAUGUAUCAGGAAUUUGGGUAGCCUGACCUUGAAAUAGGUAAGAAUGGGUAGUAGUUUUUUUCCUGUUAAAAAAAGAAUGGGUAAUCUUUGGCAUGUUAACAAAGACCAGAUUUUGAUCACUUUGAUGGUUAAUUGGUGUUUUUACUUGUAGUUGUGAAGAAAAUAUUAAAUUUUACCAGUUUAGGAAAGAUUGUAGAGUAAUUAGCAUGUCAGGAUAGAUUCUUUGCAUGAACUUCCUCCAAUAAACUCUUUUAAUUCAGCAUCUUAUUUUCCAGAUAACACAUGUACUUGCCCUGUAGUAAUACAUAUGAAGUUGCAUUGAUAAUCUUAGCAUGUAACGUCUUUAGAUCUCCCCCCUCCCCCCUUUUCUGCUGCCACCAUCCGUCUUUAAACGUGAUUGUAUUAUUUUCUCUGAAAAUUAUGCAUUCCAAACUCAAUUUGGUUCCUUCUAAAACUAAUGUUAUAGUGGGAAUGAAGUAAAUUCCUUUUUAGAACAACAUUCAAGUAUGAAGAGUGAAUAUGCAUUGAUGUUAUAUGACUGUUCAACCUGAAACACAUUUUCUUAUGUAUGUGCAGAUUUGUUAUGUCAUUCUGAUCUUUCUUCUUUCAGCCUGCUAAGUGUUUUCCUUAUUUUUUAUUUUAAAUCUUAAUUGUAUGUAAGUUCAGUAUAAAAAAUUGUCUUAAUGCCUGAUUACUGACAUACUGGGAAAUGGAAGUGAAACAGAUUUUCAUCCAUGUAAACAAUAAGUGCCCUUCCAUAUUGCACAGUAGCACUGUUAUAUCAAAUUUAACCAAGCACUAAUAUGUAGCUAGACUUUUUUUAUUGUGUAACUGUACAGAAGUGUGUGCAUUAGAAUACCAAAAGCAAAUAUUAAAUUGUUCAUUCUGGUAAGUUUUGAAAACAUCAACUGAAAGUUGUGAACUGUUACUAUGAUGUGUUGCAUUAAGGAUAUGCUACUGCUAAAUAUUAUUUAACACUGCCCCGUGUGCUUUUGUUUCUACAGUCUUUGUCUAACUGAAAACUUAUUUAUGAAUUUUAUUUAAAUAAUGUAAAAGGAGGAGGCUUGAGAAAGUACAAUAAAUAAUACCAAGUUGUUUCUGUUUUGUAAGUGAUAUGGGAAAUUCUGGACCCAAGAAAAUUUGUAGUGAUUCAUCCAUUAACAAGUUAGAUUUGAAUUUCAGGCACAUUCUCUUUAUUUAGGCAUCAUUCAUCUCUACAUCAGUGCCUUACUAAAGUAUAGUAAUAUAACAUAUUUAAUUGUAUGAACAGUGUGUAUAGCAUGUUUCAUAGUGUUCUUGUAGAGUGUGAUCAGAAUGUGGUUUUUACAUUUUAUUGUACACUUCUUGUCCUAUAAUACAUUUCAGAAUUGUAUGGUUUUUCUUAACUAGAGUCAGUGCUAAACAGAACUGAAUCUUAAUAUGCAGUCAAUGAAUAUUAAGUUGAAAUAACAAAGCAGUUUGUAUCCCUGUUUAUCAGUUUUAAUAUACAUGAUCUAAAAAUAAAUAAUAUGGUUUUAAAUUCAUGUUCAUGAACAGUGUCAGUAAAACACUGCAGAAGAUUUUCAAAACAUAGCUUUAUGAAGAUUUAUCAGUGUGAGAAUUUCAACCUCUACAACUCUGGAAGUAAGGGACAAAGCACUGGACUCUUUAUGUUUCUCUCUGGUAUGUUGGAGCAAAUACAGUAAUUUUGUUAUCACUAAAUGUGGUCUCUGUGUGUGAAUGUUUGUAGUUAAAUGAACAAAUAGAAGAGACCUAUUCAGUGGGUGCUCAAACCAUUGGAUAUACCUAAGUAGAAGAACCUUAUCUAAGGUGGGAUAAUUAAGUUUCUGCUAUAAUGCAGAUUAAGAAAGAAGAGUUGGCUUCAUUGCUAGUGUUUAAAAUGGUAUUUGGAAUAUUGAGAUAUGAAACCUUUUAUCUGGCAUGGUUUUUACAAAAUUAUUUAUGCCAAGUUCUCCCUUUUUCUACACUGAUUGAAAAGUCACAAAACCCGAUCCUGACACAUGCUCUGUAGGAAAUGACCACCAUAUUUAUUAAUGCGUAUGUAUCAUCCAAACUAUCAUCACUUUAACACCAAAGGUUUUCCAAAAUUGUUUGGCACUAAAUGAAUCUCUAAACUCAUUGUGAGAAGUUAAGUAAGAAUGAUAUGCCAGGUAGUGUUUUAACAGUGAACACUGGGGCUUAUGGAAAAGAUGUCCUUGUACUUCAACUGUUGGAAAGACAACUGACAGCCUGGUACAAGCGAGUUAAAACAUGAUGUGGCCUGCAUGGGCUCUUGUAUGGUCACAUUAAUAAUGUGUUUAAUUAAUCCAGUUAAAUUGUAUUUUAUUGCAGUCAUCAGUGAAUAUUUUAAUGUGGGUUACCUGAUAAUUUUUUAUGUCUAUGGCCUGGUUGAUAGAUAGUCAUAGCCCAUUUUAGGCUCAUUUUUAUCCCUGCAGAACACCUGUUGUAAUCACUGUCUGUUCACGUGUUACAGUUUGAGAAUGGCUCUGGAUUUUCAUGAAAUUUUAUAUUUGAGGGAGGGGUUACAAAAAAUAUUUCAGAUCAUUUAAAUUUUGGUUGAAAUGAAUCAGCAAUAACAAGCACUUACAUUGAAGAUGUGCAUGCAUUUCUGCAUUGUGAUUAGUUGAUGCCAUUAAUAGAUUUUCCUGGUUAUUCACAAAUGUCAAAUUCUGGUUACUGCAUGCCCUUGGUUUGGGGUGGAGCCAGCCAAGAUGGAGAGUAUGGUGAAGAAUUCUGUGCCAUGACCUUUUGAAAUGCUUUUUAAUCACUUUGCAUGCAUUUGCAUCCCUUUGUAGCUCCUGUUAAAAUACUUGUAAUAAUUCAAGAAUGAAUUUUCAUGAAGACUGAACAAUUCUUCUGACCACUUUUACAAGUUGAUCUUCAUAAUGAAGAGAGCAUUGAAAAUUGGCUUUCAUGGAAUGCAAAUGAGUGAACAAGCCAGAAUUGUUAUGCAGCCUCGAAAGGAAGAUACCAGAAAAGUCAGAUGGAAGGUCUCAUUUCUCCAUAGAUUUUGAUGUUAUGGCUUUUAACAUUGACGUAGUCACCAAUGAACCUACCCGUCUGAUAACUGUCUCUGAUUGUUUUCUGCUGCAUUUGUAUGCCAUUGCCAAAGAUUCAGUUUCAGUUGGAAUUAUAUAAUAUACAAACUGAGAAUGAAAGGGAUAUAUUUUUUGUUUCAUAAAGCCAAAACCAAAUCAUUCAGUGAUAUAAAUUGGGUCUUAAAUGUUAGACUUUGGAAUGAGGGCAUAAUACAAAUGUAUUUGUUAUAUAAUUAGUACAGACAAGCCUGGAGAGAGUUAUUUGCAGAGUUGACAUCAAAUGAACGUGUAAUAGGAAUUUUGCAUGCUCAGGAUCAUGGGUUUUUAAUUCAGGCAACAAAUGUAGAUACAUUAUUGUGUGUUAAUGGUUUUUAUGUGAAAAGUAUGUUUCGUCUUCCAUUUUGAUAAUUACAAGAUUAUUGUUUGAUUAAUUUUUAUUUUAAGUUUUACUUUUAAAGAGUAAGAAGAAGACAUUUUAAUAUAACAUAACUUGUAGCAUAUGAAGGGACAGUUGGUUAGUUGCAAUAUUAACUAAAACAAAUGUAUGAAACUUGUAUUGGAAUACAAGCACCACCAUCUUGUUUAAUUUCUAGUUAAAAGUGGGACAUUACAUUCAGUUCAUGUGAAUGAAGAAUUAAACUUCUCAGAAUUGCAUAUAAAGCAGAUCAGUGUUUCUUCAUGUGUGAAUCUUGAAUCUAAUACAGUAAAAUAUUAUUAUAACAAA